UAAUCCAAUCCCAAUUUUCUAUUCCCUCUUAUUACAAAACCAAUAACUUGUUGUGUACUCUACAUGUCUUUAUAUUGUUCCAUCUUCCGUGCAAACAUAUCACAUAUAUUUAGACAUGGAAAGAGGAGUGGCUACUUCACACUAAGCCAUAUAGAAGCAAAAACAAGUUCAAGCUUCUUGUCCUUCAAUCAUCAUAAGAACCUCUCAAGCCACAUUGGUUUUGUGUCGAAAUUCGAACAAAACUAUUCUUCUCCCUUGAUGGAGGAGGACAGACAAAUGGUUGGUCUUGUCUCACAAUCAGAAGAAUAUUCCAAAGAAUUGGAUGUUGCUGUCAGAGCAGUCCAGAUGGCAUGCUCUCUAUGUCAAAAAGUGCAAGAAACCUUGAUUUCCAAGGAUUGUAAUUCUUCAGUCACAGUGGCAGGUUGGAGUGUCAAAGCAAUUGUGAGCUGGAUAUUAUCUGAAUGUUUAGGGGGUGACAAUAUCUCUAUUCUAGCUGAAGAGGAGGUUCAGACUCUCUCCAACACUAAUGCAUCUGAACUGCUAGAAACUGUAGUAAAAAUUGUGAAUGAUUGUCUAUCUGAAGCACCUUUAUUUGGAGCUGAAGCACCAAAAUCAGCUCUUGGAACUUCAGAGGUUCUUGAAAUCAUUAGUCACUGCAACUCAGUUGGGGGUCAUUCGGGAAGAUUUUGGGCACUAAGUCCUCUUGAUGGUAAAUUGGGAUUUGUAAAUGGUGAUCAAUAUGCUGUAGCUUUAUCACUCGUAGAGGAUGGAGAAGUGGUGGUUGGUGUUCUUGGGUGUCCUAACUACCCUAUGAGAAAGGACUGGCUUGGUUAUCAGCAAAGUUAUCAUAGGAUCAUGUCCAAGUUGAUUCCUCCAACAUCUGAAACUUGGAAUAGAGGUUGUGUAAUUUAUGCUAAAAAGGAUAGUGGCAAGGCUUGGAUCCAACCACUCAUCCAUCAUGCCAAUAAGAAGUUUGUGUGGCCAAACCAUGCAAAACUAGUUUCUUUGUCUUCUGUUGACAACCUAGGAUUGGCCACUUUGUGCCAAACAGUUGAGGAGGCUAAUUCAAGUCACUCCUUUACUGAUGGACUGGCUCAUAGUGUUGGUUUCAGCAAUAAACCAUUAGGAGUUAAGAGCAUAAUGAAAUAUGUGGCACUAGCAUGUGGGGAUGCUGAGGUGUUUAUGAAGUUUGCAAGGACUGGUUACAAAGAGAAAAUAUGGGAUCAUGCUGCUGGUUUCAUCAUCAUACAAGAGGCAGGAGGCACAGUAACAGAUGUUAGGGGACGUUCCUUGGACUUCUCUAAAGGCUCAUACUUACGAGGACUUGAUCGUGGUAUAGUUGCUUGUGCUGGAUCCACAUUACAUGAAAAGAUCAUAGAUGCUGUUGAUGCUAGUUGGUCCUCUUCUAGCCUCUGAGUUGAAACUGUUUCAUAAUAAAUAAUCUAUAUGUAAUCAUAUUAUGAUCUUGUGAAUUGUAUUUUAGCUUUUAUUUUCUGUUUUACAUGACACGGCAUCAUUUUAAUGCCUCUGCUUUAACUUCAGUUACUGUUGAUGUAUUUGUACUAGUAGCUUGCUAGCAUGAAAUGUGUACUGUUCGAAAUAUAAUAUGGAUUAAAUGUUGUCACUCUUUCUUUGUGACUACUUGAAUCACCUA